GUGCACUUACACUAGCCAGUGCAAUCUAUCGGCGCCACAGUGAACCUACCGAGUGAAGAAGCAAUGGGAAAAGUGUUGAUUUUCGUAGGGCUGCUCGUUAUGGUCAGUGUUGUAGCGGCGGGACGAUUCGAGCGGUCAGUGUUUGGAUCGAGAGUACGGCGCGAUGCCUCAAUGCGGUGCUGUAACGAUGGAUUCGACAAGAGCGAAAUUCACGCCAAAUUUGCCGAAAUUCGUACCGCUUGCAUUGGAGAGCUCGGUUUGGGAGAGGUUUCUCAUGAGGAGAUGAUGAAGAACCGUGAACAUUUGAACUGUAUCACCGAGUGUAUCGCCAAGAAGGAGGGCAUAGCGGACGAAACCGGUGCCCUCGUCCACACGGACCUGGCGAAAGUGGUAACCGAGCAUAUGAGCACCAUCGAAUGGAAGGUACCACUGGCGGAAGGAUUCAUCAAGCAGUGUUUCGACGAGGUGGAGACAACCGACGGUGCCUUCGUGCCGAGCGACGAAGCGAAAUGCAAUCCGGAAGGGUUCGAUUUUGUGUUCUGCCUGUGGCGCCAGUUCACACUGUCCUGUCCGGAAGAGUUCCGGGACGAUUCGGACAAGUGUGUCGAGCUGCGGGAAAAGCUUUCGAACAAGGAAGACGUAAGCGGCUUGCACGAUGAGAUUGAGGCGGCUGAAUAGGUGUUAGGGAUCGAAUAGGCGCCUAAAGGUAUGCAAUGCGAUCGACAACGAUAAUGAUGACGCACACCGCUGGACACCCUGUGUUAGGUUAGCAUUUGUAAGCUACAUAUGAAUAAAGUACGAUAUACAAUCAUGCCCUCA